AUGGCUGCCCAAUUGAACCCCACUCAAGUCAGGAUGAAACAAUCGCCCCCGAUUGACAUCACUAAGCCAUGUAGCGAUUCAUGGGUCAAGGGCAGGCACAUCCUGAUCACCGGCGGCGUUGGCGGGUUCGGGGCCGGGUUUGCAGCGAGAUGGGCCGCUGCCGGGGCGUCGAUCGUGGUUGGCGACAUCAAUGUUGCAAAGGGUGAGGAGUUCGUCAACAGCCUUCGCGAAGAACUCGGUAAUCCGAACAUCCACUUUGUCCGCUGCAAUGUCACCGAGUGGGACUCUCAAGUUGCCUUCUUCAAAGAGUCCCUGAAACUCUCCCCACACGGCGGUAUCGAUGCCGUCGUUGCCAACGCAGGCAUAGCAAAACCAGAUGACCUCGCAAAUCCCUAUGAUCUCGGCCUCGACGAGCCGCGACGCCCGGAUCUCAGUGUCACGGACGUGAACCUGUACGGAGUGCUCUACACCGUGCAUCUAGCCAUGUUCUACCUUCCGAAGAACCCGGGUUCCGUGCCCUCAUCGCCUGACCGCGAUCCCAGCGGCACCACGCGGGAUCGCCACAUCCUGCUCGUCGGCUCGAUGGCCUCUCUAGCUCCCAUCGCCGUCCAGCCGCAGUACGGCGCCGCGAAGCAUGGCGUGCUCGGCCUCUUCCGCUCCCUGCGGUCGACCACCUUCGUCCACGGCGUGCGCAUCAACAUGAUCUGCCCUUACUUCGUCGAGACGUCCAUAGUCACCCGUCCAGCGCGUGUGCUGCUCGCCGGCACCGGCUUGGGCCAGGUCGGCGACGUCGUCGAGGCCGCUACAAGGCUCACCGCAGACGCGAGCAUUUGCGGGCGUGCCCUCUGCAUCGGACCGCCUGCCAAGUCCAUGAGGGAUGCUAACGGUAUCUUGAUCCCUGCCGUUCGCGAAGAUGCAGAGGGUGCCGAUGGCCCGGAGACCGGUAUCUGGGAAUGCUAUGCUGAGGACUUCCAGCUGGUUGAGACGUGGACGAGGAGGUGGGUCAUAAUAUUCAGUUACAUCGAGGCUGCUAGGGGCUGGGCAGGUUGGGGGAGAGACGUCGUCAGGGCUGUGUUCGGAGUGUAA